CCAGCCAUCGAACACAACACAACACAAGCUGAGCUACAAGGGGUAGCUUAAUUCCUCUCAACAUCUGAUCACCUUCUCGUUAGAUUAGAUUGCUAGCUAGAUUGACUCGUUUGAUAGAUACAAAGAUACAAGGAUUCAUUUCUGAUUAAUAGCGAUGGAGAAGGUGAUGAUGAGCAGGAAGCCGGGUGACUGGAGUUGCAGGUCGUGCCAGUACCUCAACUUCUGCAAACGCGACGCUUGCCAGCGGUGCGGCGAGGCAAAGCUGGGUGCUGAGCGGGCGGAUUACGCGGCCAUGAGCGGGAGCUGGGAAGUCAAGCCCGGCGAUUGGUACUGCGGCUGCUGCGGCGUCAACAACUACGCCAAUCGCGCCAGCUGCUUCAAGUGCGGCGCCGCAAAGACAGACUCCGCCGUCGUGGCGCAGAACUGGGGGUUCAACGCCUCCGGACAGACAGGCUGGAAGGCUGGCGACUGGAUCUGCCCGAGACUGGAUUGUAACGUGCAAAACUAUGCCAACAGAACCGAGUGCUUCCGCUGCAAUGCGCCCAAAUCAUACUAUGGUUAAGAAGACAGGCUUGGAAAGAAAAUUGAAAAACGGAAGCAUUAUUGGAGAAAAGAACAAUCACGAGCCCUCAAGGAUUUUUCCUUUUUUUCUCCUAUAGAAAAACCUUGGCCAACCGAGAGUUAGUCAUGUGGACGAGCGGUAAAACGCCGGUCAGAAAAGGGAGAUAAGUGCCACAAACGUGUACUGUGCGCGUGUGUUUGGCUCCGGACCAAUAUCCGAUUUUUCCUUUUUCAGUAGAAGAAAUAAUUGGAUACAUGAAAGAGAAAAUUUCAGUUAAGC